UAACAGCAGUAGUCAGUUCCUGCCUCCAGACUUGCUGUAUCAUGUCGGACCUUUCUCAGUGAGUCGGUCGUAUUUGGAAGCAAGAUAGAGGCAGUAUGAGGGCUUGUAACUUGGCCCUGGUUCGCCGCGUCGCGGUUUUUGUUCUCUUCAUCACCCUGCAGCGCUCCCUGUGCCUGGGGGAGGGGUCCGAUGGCAGCCUGUGGUUUAGAGACCUUUGCAGCUAUAAAUGGGAGGCCAUCGACCAGGACAACAAUGUCAAAUACACCAUGAAAAUCUGCGCUUCAUCUCCGGACACUGCUUGUGGACCGGACACUGCCAUCUGUGCCCACAAUAUUAGCAGCAAAGAGAGCCAGUCAGUGGGCGAUCUCUCCUUGCAGAUGUCCUCUGAUGCCAUGCUUGUUUUCAAUGGCACUCGUGGCUGCCCGGGUGCAGCAAGCAAAGUUCAGAGCAGCAUCAGUUUCCAGUGCGGAAAAACAAUGGGCACCCCAGAGUUUGUCACUUUGUCGCAGUGCGUGCAUUACUUUGAGUGGAGAACUUACGCAGCCUGCAGAAAAGAGAAGUUCAAACCACAUAAGGAGGUGCCGUGCUACGUCUUUGAUUCUGAUGGGAAAAAACACGACCUCAACCCCCUCAUCAAAGUCACGGAUGGCUACCUGGUUGACGACUCAGAUGAUAAUGUGGAUUUUUAUAUUAAUGUUUGCAGAAAUUUGAACCGAGCACAAAGUUUAUGUCCUGAAGAUUCUGCUGCCUGUCUCACUAAUGGAAGCAGGUCCUUUAGCAUGGGCAAACCAGACAAGCCACUGGAGCUUAUCUCUAAGGACAGGUUGAGGCUACGGUACGAGAGUCAAGAAGAAGCUGAGAUGUGUGGCGAGCACAAGCCUGCCGUCACAAUCACCUUCAUCUGCCCAUCUCAUAGACAGCAGGGGAGUGACCCCAAGCUGACGGCUAAAACAAACUGUCGCUAUGAGAUUGAGUGGGUGACAGAGUUUGCCUGCCACAGAGACUAUCUGGAGAGCAACCAGUGCAAACUGAAACAGGAUGACAUCUCCAUCGACCUCACACACCUCAUGCAUGGCUCUGGUGAUGCUCCAUACAUGGCUGAAGCCAAAAUCGGGAAGGAUAGCUACAGAUUUUAUCUGAAUGUGUGUGGAGAGACCAAAGCUGGUGAAUGUAAAGAUGAUAAGGGUUACAUUUCCUCCUGCCAGGUGAAGGACAAUGGAGAAGUGAACAAGAUUGCCGGAAGAUACCAGAAUCAAACUCUCAGGUACUCUGAUGGAGAUCUCACUCUCAUCUAUCCAGGAGGAAGCACAUGUAGCUCAGGCUUCCAGCGCAUGACCAUCAUCAACUUUGAGUGCAACUCCACUGCAGAGAAUGGCUAUCCAGUAUUUGCAGGAGAGACUGACUGCACAUAUUACUUUACCUGGCAAACUGCCUAUGCUUGUGUUAAGGAAAGCAAAGAUUUAUGCAGAGUCACAAAUGGCAAAAAGCAUUAUGACCUGUCUCCUCUCACUCGCUACUCAGAACCUGAUUCACAGACUCCAGUUCAGAACUGGGAGGCAGUGGAUGCUAACGCUCCAGAGUCUGACAAGAGGCGCUUUUACAUCAACGUGUGCCACAGCAUCAUCCAGCGGAAGGAAACAAGCUCCUGUCCUGAAGAUGCAGCUAUAUGUGCUGUGGGAAAAGGAAAGUCUAUAAGUCUGGGUAAAUUCCUGUCUUCACCCCAGAAGGACCUUCAGGGAAAUGACUUGAGGCUCAUCUACACAGACGGAGAAGUAUGCAGAAAAAACACAAAGAUUAAGACCAUCAUUACUCUGAAGUGUAAACCUGGGGAUCUUGAGAGUGCACCCAUCAUGAGGAGUGUGUCCGGCGACGGCUGUGUUUAUGAAUUUGAGUGGCAGACUGCUGCCGCCUGCGUCCUCUCCCGAGCAAACGGAGAUAACUGUAAAGUGGAGGACUCUAAUGCAGGUUUUUCGUUUGACUUGACCCCCCUGAAGAAAGCCAAUGGAAGUUACUACAACAUAUCUGAUGGCAACUAUGACUACUUGAUUAAUGUCUGUGGGAACGUUCAGGCUGUGAAUUGUCCUGGGACUGCAGGAGUAUGUCAAGUUGAAAACAGCAAAGUUAAAUCUUGGAACCUGGGCGAGUUUAACUCUAAGCUGUUAUACUACGAUGGCAUGAUCCAGCUGGACUACCUCAACGGCUCGGUGUACAACAACAAACAGCACACACAGAGAUCCACACACAUCUCCUUCCUAUGUGACAGAGAGGCCGGGCCAGGAAUACCGGAGUUUCAGGUUGAGGAUGACUUUACCUACAACUUUAGGUGGUACACCUCUUAUGCUUGUCCAGAAAGACCCCAGGAGUGUUUGGUAACUGAUCCUGUGUCUUUACAACAGUAUGACUUGUCUAGUUUGACUAGGUCAAAUGGGCCCAGCAACUGGCAGGCCAUGGAUUUGUCUGACACCAGAAACCGGAGGAAGUACUACAUCAAUGUUUGUCGGCCACUCAGACCCGUGCCUGGUUGCGACCGGCUGGCCUCCGUCUGCGAAAUGAAAUAUGAUGUGCAGCAGGGGGUGCAAGUGGAAAAAGUGUCUGUCAGUAACAUGGGUGUGGCUGUGAAAGGCCCAGUGGUCCUAGAAGAGAACCAGCUGAUGCUAGAGUAUACUGACGGCUCAGCGUGUGAGGCGGAAGGAGUGAUGACCAAAUACACGACCCGCAUUCACCUCAUUUGUUCAAAAGCAUCAGGGGGCAAGCAGUCCUCAGGGCCGCGGUUCUUCAGCAAUCAGAACUGCACAGCUAAUUUUGUGUGGAACACAGAGGCGGCCUGCGCGAUCUCGACUGCGGUGGUCACCAAUCAGACCUGUUCUUUGAAGGAUCCCAACACAGGCUUUGAAUUCAACCUGUCCCCAUUGGCCUCCAAAACCGGAUACACUACAACCGCAAAUGGAAAUCAGUUCAUUGUGAACAUCUGUGCUGAGGCAGCUCAAUGUGGUUCAGAUAAAGACAAGUCCAUAGCAGGCUGUGUGCUGGAGGACGGCAAGCCUCACAGUCCUGUAGGGAUGGAGAAGUCUCUGAAGUUUUCCACUGAUGGCCUUCUCACCCUGAUAUACAAAGGAGAGCUGGACAAAGAGCUGGGCACCAGAGCCACCUUCAGCAUUAAUUUUGUGUGUGACCAGAAUGCAACCACGGGCUCCCUGAAGCUCAUUCGUGAGGAGAUCGCCACAUCUAACCAUGUUCAGCAUGAUGUUCUCUUUGAGUUCUCCACGGCUUUGGCAUGUGAACCUGCUCCUGUGGAUUGCCGUGUCACUGACUCUCAGGGUAAUGAAUAUGACCUGAGUGACCUCAGUCUGGACGAUAAGGCCUAUGUUCCCUUAGACACGUCAGACCAGGCCAAGGCUCAGAAGUUCUACAUUAACGUAUGCAAACCCCUGCCUUACAUCUUAGGCUGCCCCAUUGGAGUAAUUGGAGCCUGUGGCCAGAUUAAUGGCAGAGGUCUCAAUCUGGGCUAUGUGCAGUCCAGCCUGCAGGCAGCCUCUGAUGGCUCCAUUAGCAUUGUCUACCUCAAUGGAGAUAAAUGUGGCUCACAAGGCCGCUACUCCACCCGCGUGAUCUUCCAGUGUGAUGACAGCCCUGGCUCAGCAGUGUUUGAUCGCAAAGAUGGCUGUGAAUAUGUCUUCAUCUGGAGAACCUCAGAGGCUUGCCCUGUUAAGAGAGUGAUGGGUAAAGACUGUAAGGUAAAGGAUCCCAGGAGUGGAUAUGAGUAUAACCUAAUGCCACUGUCUGGGAAGGACUACGAAGUGAAGAGCGCACAGUAUGAAUAUCACUUUGCAGUGUGCGGCCCAGUUAGUACAUUAGUAUGCCCACAGGGUGACAAAGGCACAGUGGCCUCCUGUCAAGUAGAGGGCACCAGUCAUAGAAUUUCUGGGAUGAGUACUCAGGACCUAAUGUUGGAUGAUGGAGUCAUCAUGAUCAACUACACAAAAGGGGAAACGUGCCACAAGAUUUAUGAGCGAUCAACAGCCAUCCUGUUCUCCUGUGACCACAGCAAGAAUCCUGGGAAACCAGCUUUUAUUAGAGAGACUGCAGACUGCACCUACCUAUUUGAAUGGCAUACUGCUUUGGUCUGCCCUCCUUUCAAGACCACCAGCUGCUCCUACAAUGAUGGCCAUGGAAACUCGUAUGACCUGUCCUCACUUGCUCUGUACAAAACUAACUGGGUGGUCCUGCCUCAGACUGGGAGCAAGGAUCAGCGCUAUUACAUCAAUGUGUGCAAAUCGUUGGUGCCUCAGAGUGGAUUGUGGGGCUGUCCAAGCAGUGCUGCAGCAUGUCUAAAGAAUGGUGACAAGUAUGUGAGUCUGGGAGAGGCGAAGGAGGGACCGCAGUGGGAGAGCGAUGUCCUGGUGCUGAAAUACACAGAUGGGGCAUCCUGUCCUGCCAGCGAUCAGAAAAGAACUACCAUCAUCCGCUUCAAAUGUGAUCAUGAGAAAGUGGGCUCUAAACCCACUCUGAUCACUGCGCUAGAGGACUGCAUCUACAACUUUGUGUGGUUCACAGCGGCAGCUUGUCCUCUCAACACCACAGAGCAUGGAGACUGUCGGGUGACUAACCCAGCCACUGGGCAUCUCUUUGAUCUGAACGCCCUCACCCAGUCCAAAGGAUACACUGUAUACGACAAUGUGGACUUGAGAAAGAUGUACAGACUCAACGUGUGUGGGCCAGUGGAAAAUGUAGUCUGUGCUUCAGGAGCAGGAGUGUGUAUUAGGGAUGCUAACACAGCUGUGAAUGGGGGGAUGGCCACCAGGAAGCUGGUCUAUAAGGACCAGCUUGUAGAGCUCACAUAUGAGGGUGGAGAUGCAUGUGAAACCAAUCCCUCACUGAAACACAAGAGCAUCAUCAGCUUCAUCUGCAAGUCUGAGGGAGGUGGCAUCAGCGAGCCUGUACUGGUAGCCUCUGACAAGAAAACGUGCACUCACUUCUUCUCCUGGCACACCCCUCUGGUCUGCGAGCAUCAGGUGAAGUGCUCAGUUUGGAAUGGAACCAGCCUUUUGGACCUGAGCCCUCUGAUUCACCUGAAUGGGUACUACACUGCCACAGAUGAGGACUUGGACAAGGACAAGUCUCCUGACUUUUACAUCAACAUCUGCCAGCCUCUUAACCCCAUUCCAGGGGUCACGUGUCCUCCUGGAGCAGCAGUGUGCAUGGACCCUGCUGAUGGAGACCCAAUAGACAUUGGACGUGUCACCUCCACCCCUAUAUACAAUCCCGACACAGAUGAGGUGGAGAUCUCUUUUAACAGUAAUACACCUUGCACCAUUGAUUCCUCCACCAAUUACACAUCCAAAAUCAUCUUCACCUGCCAGAAAAGCACAGAACUGGGUUCUCCAGUGAUGAUUCGUCAGCAGGAUUGUAUGUAUGUGUUUGAAUGGGCCACUCCUGUGGUGUGUUCAGAGAUGGUCAGUGCACAGGGUUGCUCACUGAAGGUCUCCCAGCUGCAGUACACCUUCAAUCUCUCAGCGCUGUCUGGAGUCGUUCAGGUUAGAGGUCCUUCCAGCUCCUAUAAGAUCAACGUGUGUGGGGCAGUGACCGAUAAAGACUGUAAGAACAGUCCAGUGUGCCUGGUUUCCAGUGCUCCACCCUUCUCAUUUGGCAUCAGCAAGGCCAUGAGUCUGAAUUACAGUCUGGAGGAGCAGGUUGUCAUUAUGCAGUAUGGAGGUGGAGACCCCUGCCCUUCAGUGACUGUUGGAGGAGAUGUGUGCGUUUUCCCUUUCAUGUAUAUGGGCAAGUCCUAUUCAGAGUGCACAGCAGAUGGCCGAAACCACGGCGCAAAGUGGUGCGCCACCACCGCCAGCUACGACAAAGAUAGGAAAUGGGGCUUCUGUUCAAAUGUGACUGCUAAGAGGCAGUCGUCCAUUUUGUUCACGUGUGACCGUUCAGUGGGCCGCGGCAGCCCCAAGCUACUUGGCGAAACGCAGGGUUGUUCCAGCACCUUCCAGUGGCACACCAAUGUGGUCUGCCCACCAAAGAAAAUGGAGUGCAAACUGGUGAGCCACCACCAAACUUAUGACCUGCGCACUCUGUCCUCCCUGACAGAGCCCUGGAAGUUCAGCAACAGUGACAAGAAUGAUAUGUACUACAUGAACCUCUGCCAGGGAAUCCAUGGUGGCCUGACGGACUGUCCGGAUGGAGCCACAGUGUGCCGCAAACGCACUAAUGGGAAGACUGAAGCUCUGGGACGUGUGUACACUCAGACAAUGGGAUCACUUGAUGGAAAGAUUCAAGUGAAUUACACAAUGGGCGAUGCUGUAUGUGGGAAUACACUUCGGGCCAAAACCAUUGUGCAGCUGACUUGUGGCAGCACUGUGGGCCACCCCAAACUCUUACGGGAGGAUAUGACAGCAUGCGAGUUCUGGGUGGAAUGGGAGACUCGAGCAGCCUGUGCAGUGAAACAGCAUGAAGUGGAGAUGGUUAAUGGCACCAUCACAGUUCCAGAGACAGGAGCCAUCGUCAGCCUGGGAGCGCUCUACUACAGCCUAUACAAAGCCACUGGAGACAUCCGACCCAAUGGUGACCGCUACAUCUACCACAUCCAGUUAUCCGGCAUCACCAACAGCUCCAUGGCUCAGUGCGUUGGAGCUAAUAUCUGCCAGGUGAAGAGGGACCAAUCCUAUUGCAGGAGGAUCGGCUCCUCCACCAAGGCCAAAUACUAUAUCAAAGGGGACAGCCUGGAUGUGCUGGUGCCGUCUGAGUCUGUGUGCGGCCGUGACAAGUCAAAAAAGGUCUCGUCGGCCAUCCUUUUCCACUGCAGCCCUGCGGCCGGAGAAGGCAUCCCUGAAUUCUUGCUGGAGUCUGAUGGCUGCCAGUACCUGUUUCUCUGGCAUACCUCCACAGUCUGUGGCCUUUUCUCUGCAAGUCCACAGAAUGGUGGUAACAGUAAAGAUAGUGUUGGGCUAUCAGGACGGAGCCAGGCUCUGGGGGCAGUACUUAGUCUGCUGCUGGUGGUGCUGACCGUCUGUCUGCUUAUUCUACUGCUUCACAAACGUGAGAGAAGAGGACUUGUUUUACAAAAAGUGACCAGCUGCUGCAAGAGGGGAAAUCCAGUGUCUUAUAAGUACUCCAAGGUGAACACGGAUGAGGAUGGUUGUGAGGACGAGAUGGAGUGGUUGAUGGAGGAAGUGGAAACUCCAGCGCGGGGGCUGCAGGAGAAUGGCCAUGUUACCACGAAGCCAGUCAGUGCUGAUGCCCUGCGCUCCUUCUCUCUGGAUGAGCAGGACAGUGAGGACGAGGUGCUGACCGUGCCGGGUGUCAGAAUCCACUCAGGACGAGCCUCAGGCCCCUCUUCGUCCCUGCUCCAGGCCACCCGGCGGAGGGCCGAGAGUGAUGAGGAUCUGGUGGGGCUUCUGGAGGACACUGGGAGCAAGAGCACGUCCAAGUCGGGGGCCAAGCACCAGAGGAAAGCACAGCCGGACCCCGAGGACAGUGAUGAGGAUCUGCUCAGAGUCUAAGGACAAUCCUCUGCUCCCUGUGAUGAACUUCAGAAUGUCUCUCCAACCUUUCGCUCCUUCUGUUUGUUCUCUUUCUGGUUUUCUAAAGGGAAAAAUAUAUUUAUCUGUCGGCUGUUUACUGUACAGUGUUUGAAAGCAGAUUGGUUCAUGCGUCCAUUCUAUAUCAAUGCCUUUGGGAUGAAAAUAUUCGUUUUCAUCAUUGAAUUGUUCCUGUGUUUGUUUUUUCUUCUGUAGGUUAAACUGAAUUAAUUUCAUAUACAGAUGUUAUUCUGUGUGAAGUCUACAUCUCCCUCAGAAAUACAAUGCUGUGCAAAAGUCAGAGACCAUCUUCACCUUCAUUUAUUUUACUUUCAUUUGCAACACACCACUAAGAAACUUUAUUUUGCAGCAUUCAGAAAAAAAGCUGAGAACUUAAAUGUACCAGACAACUACACAGGAGCUUCAACAGCUGAAUAUAAAAUCAUUUUUUCAGUACUUUUUUUAUGUGCACCCUUUCCUUCAGUUUCUGCAGGGAUCCGAACUCUGAGGGGGUCAGUCUAUUGUUCUGAGAGUGCCAGCUUUUGAUUUAAAUUGGCAGGUUUUCUUUUGUGUCUAUAUCUUGAGUUGUUUCCUCAUAGUGGAAGAAUUUUUAAAUAUCUGAAUCAAGAGUGGAGCUUGAUUUUCUCCUCUUUGAUGGGGACGGUUUUGAUCUUGCAUGGCUGUUUGGGGUCUCAGUUUUUUAACCUUGUCACAUUUUUCUUUCACUUUUUCUUAUGCAAGUGGAUCAUUUAACAUGUAAUCUCAGAAGUAUCUCCUGAAAAAUGAAUAGCUUGUACAUAGUGGUGAUUUUGACUGGAGCUCUCUGACUUUUGCACAGUAUGCUGUACAAGAUGGUUUGUGAAUUUAUGGUUUGGCUGCAUUUUGUUAUUUACCUGGUAGGAAAGUGUGACCAGUAAUGAAUAUGAAAAGUCCUGCAUACGCACCAGUAUUUUACAUGUCUUUGGUCACAUAAGGCCAUGAGGCAACUUCCCCAGAUCAGUUUUAACUAGAAAUGUAGGAAUGUGCUUUGCAGUACUUUGCCUCAUACACAAAGUUGGUUAAAAUCCACGCUUCAUAUUUACAGUGGCCAAGGGCAAUGUCUCUUUAAAGCAUUACUAUUUAUUGAGUAAAGGGAUGUUUCCUGCAUUGCUUCUGCUUCCCUUUUGCCAAAAAACAGCAUGCUCUAUGUAUCCCUUACAGAGAACAUACACAGUAUAUAUGUUUUAGUGCCAUGAGGCUUGGCAUUUGACCCGGUGCAGCUUGAUGCCUCCUUUUCCUCCACCAAUAUUAAAGUGUCUCAGUCUUUAGUUGAGCAUAUUACAAUCACAGUGUGAUGAUUUAUCAGGUAUAUUUUGGGUUGUUUUUUUAUAAUUGUUAUUUUUUUUGCACAGACUUGGUAGCUGAAUAUCCACCUACUCACCCUGAUGCAUACAGAUGAGCUUAUGGCACAGUUAGGGGUAAUGCACUUUGAUCUUUUUAGUGUUAAGUGGUGGUGACUCGGGUGUUUAUCACCUUGAAUGUGUUUGGCCUCUGCUCUUCUAGCUCUUUUUCAUAGACUCAAGACUGUGAUGCAUGUGUUUUUCCACACUUAACCUGCUUUCCAUUUUGAGCACAUAUUUUAACACUUUCUGACAUUCUAAAUUCAUAAAAUACUGAGGGGAAAUCAGUUUGAUCAGUGUUUCAAGAUGCAAUUUGUGAGGUUUGACACAUUCAGAUUCCUAUCCUAACCGUUAAAAACAUCCUCCAGUGUAGAAUUAGCUUGAAGUGGUUUAUUUUGACAUGUCCAUGUUGUCCAUGUUGUCCAUGUUUCAUGCCAUGUCUAGGUGUCUGUAUUUUGGUGCAUCUAAACCAAAAGAUGGUUUCAUGAAGGUAGUGCCCAUGCUCUGGAAUUUCCUUUGACUCUUAAAGAUAUUCAUUUGAUGGUAUUCUUUGUCCAUUCAGCAAAAGGUACACUGUAUGACUGAUGACUGUUGGUGUCACUAACUCCUCUGUGCUUCUACGAAAACGUCUGCCACUGCUGUAUGUGUUUAAGUUCGGUACGAUCUGUUUUUUAAUCAUGAGUGGAUGAUCCUGAGCCGCCUCCUGAUGUAGUUUCUGUUUUUUAAUGACUGAGGCUCCGGCUCCUCCAAGAUUUUCGUUCUGAAUUUUGUCAGAUGCUUUACUGCUUUUUGUUUGUUUUUGUAUUUAAAAUGUUGAUGCUGAGACAUUAUUGCAUUAUUUCAAUAAAAGAGAUCAGCUGUUGAAGCAAAUGUUA